CGAAGUUCGCCCACAUUCCCACGCUCCAGACCAUCACCAAGAUGCGGACCGCGGAGAGCAAGCACAUCUGGCAGGUUGAGAAGUACUCGAGACUCUAUCCGGGCACAGGCUCAGUGACGAGCAGUAAUCCCGCUGGCUGGGUGUAUCUGUCGAAUAAAUCCCUCCGCGUCGAAAUUUCAGAGGAUGUCGGAAACCGUGGGAAAAUGCACGUUCAAGUGCUGGUAGGUGGGAAAACGGUGUCUCUGGAAUUGCACGAACUAUCACCGCAAGCGCUACACACGUCUGGAUUAACGUUGUUACAGAAAGAAAACGUCCUAUAUGGUCGUUACGCUGCAGAAAAUGCCACACUCAAAAGAUUCCAACUCAAGUUCAGCACCAGCGCCGAUUUCCACUCCUUCUCGGUCGUCUUGGGCCGCUAUGUCCAUAUCAAGCCCGUCCAGACUAGAGCUCAAACCCUACUCGAUUCAUCGAUUGCCUCGCCCGUCAGCACCCCUAGGGCUCCGAUCCCAUCCGUUGGUGAAAAUAGGAACAUCGGUAUGCCCCCUCGACGGGAUGUGUCCCUACCCGAGGGACUACGGUUACCGACGCCAAUCUCGACUCCCAGAACAAUAUCGCAAGAUUCGUCGGCAAGUCAGGGCUUUGGAGGUGCACCGACCACAUACUCCCAAAACCGCGCAGUUUUCAACAGCCGGUUCGAAGCGCCGAGCCGUAUGCUUUUCGAGACAGACAGUCAAGCCACCGACGCACCCAGCGCUACGACGUUCUCUCAACUGCCGCCAUCCUCUCGCAUGUCCUCCACACUAUUAUCUCCAGUGACCAACUACACUCAAAUGAGAGAUUUCUCAGAUAUGGAUUCUCAGCUCCGCGUUCCCAUGGCGUCGGUCAUUAAUCACACGCAAAUGCGAGAUCUCUCCGAUAUGAAUUCCCAACUUAACGGUCCCACCAUGGUUCAGGAAGACGAUACAUCCUCCGAAACCCAAUCUCAGCUGCUCAGCGCUCGGCAACCCGACAUGGGAACAUCCAUCACCCAAUCUCCGCUCGAAGCGAUCCCAUCGCCUGCUAUAAUCCAGCCACCACCACCUUCUCCUUGCACCACAACGUUAAGCGACACCCUAGGCCAAGUUUUCCGUGACCAGAACGGCAUAGUGCUGGAAUACCUUUCUGAAGCGGGGCUGUCGACGCUGCUGCGGAAGUUGCUACGUGGACCCGAGUUUCGCGCGCUGUUGGCGACGGUGGAUUUUGAGAGGUUGCAGACGGAGUUUAGGCGGUAUUGUGAAUAUGUGGAUAUGGAUUAGAUGUUGAGGGAACGGUGGGAUGUAGAUAGACGGGGGGUGGAUGAGGGGCAGGGAACCCAAUCGUACUUACUAGCAGACCUAUUACCACUUCCGGUUGCAUGCAGAUAGGCUUGUCAUCGUCUGGCACGUAGGAUACGCAGCAGCUUUUGAUGUAACUAGUUUGCAAUCAGACUUUGUGGGAGGUUUUUAUAAGGU